CACACACUGACCACAGAUGUUUAUGUAAUAUAUGCAUGCAUAAAAUGAAUUUUGAUUCUCAUUUAAAUCGAAAAAUAAUAUUGGAAAAAGUUGUUGCUUUCACAAUCAUAUUCGAAUCUUCUUCUUCUUUAAUGCAAAAACCUACUUUUGGAAUAUGGUUUUUAAAUAGUGUCAUCUACUUUGGGUUUCUAUUCUGGAGUGCUGCUGCAAAUUAAGUGGAAAGCUUGUUCUUGAAGUGGGAUCUUCUUCUAUUCUAGUUUAAAGAGGUAGCUUUCAUUUUGUUCUCUUGAUACACAGUGGAACGAAAUGAACUCUACAUCCACUCAGUUUGUUCCCUCCAGAAGGAUGGGUAUAUACGAGAUGGUAGGUGUGUGCGGGGAUUUCAAAGAAAAUGACUAUUUGGACUCGUCUCCAUCAAUGAUUUUUGAGCCACAGGACACUUCAGAUGGAACAGUAGGACCUUCCAAUAAAUAUGAUCAUGUAGCAAGGAAACCAGCUGAUAAGGUUCUGAGACGACUCGCACAGAACCGUGAGGCUGCCCGAAAAAGUCGUCUACGGAAAAAGGCCUAUGUUCAGAAGUUAGAAAGUAGUAAACUGAGACUGAUUGAAUUAACACAAGAGCUUCAACGGGCUAGACGACAGAGAAAAGACAUCCAACCGAAAGAUUUUCUGCAGGGACUGUACAAGGGUGGUGAAUUAGAUUAUGGUCUGCAAGGCUACUCUGGAACUACCAACACAGGUAUUGCUACAUUUGAAACGGGGUAUGGCCAAUGGGUGGAAGAACAAAAUAGACAAGUUGUCGAAUUGAGGAAAGCUUUGCAGUCUAGCAAUGGGCUUACAGAAUUGCAAUUUUUUGUCAAUAGUGGCAUGAGGCACUAUUUGGACCUCUUCAAUAUGAAAGCCGCGGCUGCAAAGGUUGAUGUAUUCUAUCUUAUGUCCGGCAUGUGGAAAACAUCAGCUGAACGUUAUUUCUCGUGGAUUGGGGGCUUUCGACCUUCAGAGCUUCUAAAGGUUCUCAUACCACAUCUAGAACCCUUAUCAGAUGAACAACGAUGGGAGGUUAGUAACCUUAGACAGUCGUGUCAACAAGCAGAAGACGCAUUAUCACAGGGAAUGGAUAAACUCCACCAAAUUAUCGCGGAAACUAUAUGUGAUGGUCUACUGGAUGAAGGAAACUACCUUCCGCAGCUUGCUGCUGCAAUGGAGAAGUUGGAACCUCUGGUGAGAUUUGUGAAUCAGGCAGAUCAUCUUCGUCGAGAAACCCUGCAGCUGAUUUCUCGCAUUCUUGACAUCCACCAAGCUGCUCGAGGCCUCCUCGCCUUGGGAGAGUACUUCCAACGUCUUCGAGCUUUAAGUUCACUUUGGGCAUCCCGUCCCCGUGAACCUGCUUAAUGACACGCAAUUUUAUGCACAUCUUAUAGCAUGUUUGGUAAAGAGGAUCAAACAAAAUAUUCAAUAUUAACAAUUUUGUUUCAUCAUAUUAUGUACCAAACAAGCACUUGUGUCCUUCACCCUUGCAACUAAGUUCUUCGUCGUCUAAGUUUGCAUCUUAUUUAUGUUCAGCGAAGUUUCAUACGGAACACUAUAUGAGCUGCUGCCAUUUUUUCGAGCUUCUUCCCAGCCUUGGUAAUUUGUAAAUGUGAUUAGGGAGUCUAUUAACUAGAAUUUUCAAAUGGAUUUUGCCUUCGUUUUAUUUGGAAUGUUGUAUAUCUGUAAAUGAAAAGCCUGUUCUGUA